GUUGACCUGUUUCCUUAGCUGAAUCAUUCUACAAAUCUGAGUCCAAUUCUGUUGCCACUCAAUCUCUGGAACUGAAUCUGUAUUAUAUGCACCAUAGAAUCAACGACCUGGAAUUUCAUUCUAGCAUAGUGCAACCACCAUUAAAUUUAAUGACUUGAUGUCUAAAGGUAAGUGCAUUACCCUGUACUCCCAAAGCAGAACCGAAGUAUGACCACACUUUCCUUGCCAUCUUUCCAGUCAGAAAAAUAUAUUCUAAUGAUAGUAUAACAAUAGCAUUUCGAAGAAAAAUUGUGUUCCAUAUUUGCUAGCUUAUCAUCAGUAGGUAGCUUCUUUCUCAUAGCUCACUGAAAUAGAAAUGAGCAUUUGAAGGAGAUUCUUCUAUGCCAAAUCAUCUUGUGUGAAAAAAGGGUCUCUGAGUUGUCUGAUUAUUAUCCAAGCAGAAGAGCAGGUAAAAUUACCCGCCUGAGUAGUGUUCAUCAGGGGCAUUAGCAUCAUGUGGAUAAGUACUUCAAGUACCUUUGACAGAAACUUAGUUGACAACAAAAAUUCUUCCAAGAUGCCCAGUGAUAAUUAUCCCACCUUCAGUAGAGCGCCAAAAGAAACUCGCCAUAUGUUUCUCAAUCUGAUCCAUGACUGUAUUAGGUGGAGAUAAUGCAGAUAAUAAGUGAAUUGGAUUGCCAGUAUGACAUGUUUAUAAAGUAAGCUUUUCCACCAGUAAAGAGCCUCCUGUGCCACUCCUGCAUUCUCUUUGCGAUCUUCUUCAAUCAAGCUGCAAAAUACACCACCUUUUCCCCCUCAGUGUAUCAAGGACAUCUCAGAUAAUUGACUGGGAACUCCUUCUGACAAAAACCAAUGAUCCCAUUCACCUUUGUGAUCUUGUUGGACUGACCUUUUCAGAUACAAUAAAUCCACUCUUGUAUCUGUUAAUUUGAUGCCCAGACAUGUCUGCGUACGCCACCACUGUUUGAGAAGCUCCAGGAAUCACUUCUUCAUGGGGUGAACAACGACUAUGAUGGUUUGCGUAGUCCAAAGGAAAAGAAUGAAGAAAAAUGACUAUGAUAGUGCAGAUCACGAUUUUGGGCCUCCUGACUUUGACAUGCCAGAAAAUGCAGACAUGAACAGCAAUGCUACUCCACAUGGUGAAAAGGAAUCGCAUCUGCCCUUUGACAUUUAUGAAUAUGGAGUAAGGGUUUUGAGCAAGUUAUCCCUGGAAGGAAAUGAUGAAAGCGCCAUGUCUUUUCCUGAUGUUGUCAUGGGUUCUGAGAAGCAUGACAUUGCUCGAACAUUUUCUGCGCUUCUGCAAUUGAUUUGUAGGUAAUAAUGGAGAUGUUAGUUUGGAAAGAGGCGAAGUAUGUGAGUCCACUUGUUACACGGCUACAAAUCCCUUCUGUAUCCGGCUCCUUAGGCAUGAUAACCGUGGGGGGAAAAUGCAGUUUCAAUCAUAAAAAAAGAGAG